UGCAUCGCCCGCUCCCUCCUGUGCUGUGAAAGCCACGGUCUGCCCACACCGUCCACGUCACACUCAUCAUAGUCGUCCAUGUCGCCCCAUAGAGCUGCUGAUGUUGCCCUCGAUGUCGCCUCUCCCAUCCUUGACCUGGCUGGCGAUGCCCUAGGCCUUGCCCCGGUGCCUGGCCUAUCUCUCGUCGCAAAGGGGCUCGGGGCGCUCGUCGAGAGAGUCAAGAUUGUUCGAGAAAACAAGGGGGCACGCAGUGCCUUCCUAGCUCAGGCAGACGCGCUGAAGGCUGUUAUUGAUACAACGCCGGUAAAUGUGAAGGCCGUAGUCGCCGGGUACGACGGCAGUGCGCAGGAUAAGAAAGAGCUAUUGGACAAAAUCGAGCACUCUGAUGAUCUGCAGAAGCGGAUAAGAGAUUUGAAGAGCACAAUUGAAGACCUUCAAGGGCGUGCGGAAGAGCUAAAGGGCGGGAAGGGGUUCCGCGGGUUUUCGAAAGGACUCGUCUACGGGUCUCGGGACCAAGCGAUUCUUUCAGACAUGAGGGAAGAGCUGGCAAGGGCAUUAGAACUCUUCAAACUCGGCGGCUCAAUAUCCAUCGAGAACAUCCUCGACAAGGUUGCGCAGGAUACGAAGCAUAUUCAACAUCAGUUACGGGAAAAUCAACGUCAGCUACGGGAGAAUCAGCAUCAACAGCAGGAAGCUGAGGACAAGAGGAUUAUCGACUCCAUUCCUCGAGCAGACGCAGGCUAUCGGUCGGUAGACGAACUCAAGAGCGGAUUCACGCAAGGCACGCGGGAAGAGCUAUUCGAGGAGCUAGAGCAGUGGUCGGCUGGUCGAUUCCCCAAGGACAAGCCCAAGCGAGUCUGCUACCUCACUGGCGGGGCAGGCCUAGGGAAGUCGUCGAUUUCCCACCAACUUUGCGUCCGCCAUGACACAGCGGAGCAGCCUUCGCUCGGGCUCGGCGCUUCGUUCUUCUUCGUCCGUGGUAGCGGGAACCUCGAGGAUGCUCACUUCGUCUUUUCGACUAUCACACGCCAGCUUGCCGUCUCUCAACCGACCCUUCGCCCCCACAUCGUCAGCACCGCACGUGAGUAUCUCAAUCACGGCGACCGGCAGCAGAUGCAACACGCGUUCGGCGGGCUCCUUCGGAAGGCUCUCAUCGCCGCUCCCGCGGACCAAGCCCCGACGCUGAUCGUCAUUGAUGGGAUAGAUGAAUGCAAGGACAGGAGGCUAGUUCCCGAGCUACUUCGAUGCUUGUUCAGUCUCGUCCGCGAGUUACCGUGGCUGUAUAUCUUUGCCGCAUCGCGCCCGGAACCCCAUAUACUGUCGGUGCUCGCAUCUCCCGACUGCACCGAUGUUGUUAACCACAUGCGACUAGAGGACGCAGCGGACAGUGACGGUGAUGUCGAGCAUUACCUGAAGGAGACCGUACCGAAGAUACCCUCCUAUGCCGAUUACCUCAGCGAGCACCCCGACGCCCUCAGACGCCUCGUCUCACGUGCGGCCGGCGUAUUCAUCUUUGCCCGGAUCACUGUAAAUUUCUUGGACGAGCAUCAUAGUCAUCCGAAGGAGUGGUUUGAGCUUGUCCUCUCGGGCGGGAGCCCUGCGGCGUCGCCCCUCGAUGCGCUGUAUCUGCAGAUUCUACAAUCCUCAUUUCCCCCCGAAGACUUGCGCGCCUUACCUUCUGAACACAAGCGUCUCCGCUCCCUCCUGCGUUUGUUGCCCUGGAAUCUCGAUGGAUAAAUGCCGAGACCGUUGCGCUUUACGAACGCGAUCUGUCAGCCGACGAUGUUUCCGACGUGGUGGACCGUCUGCGCUCUGUGUUGUUGAUCGACAAGGACGGAGAUGUGAUGCCCCUCCACGCGUCGUUCGGCGAGUUCCUUGUCGAUGAGCACCGCUGCAGCGAUAUGCUCUACCAUGUGGACAAGUCUGAAGGGCACGCUUACCUUGCAUGUGCUUGUCUAGCGGCCAUGUCUUUUGAGCAUUGCACAUACUACCUGCAGAAACCAUACGCGCAGCCCCAGCACGCACGCGUCAACUUUGAUAUCGUGGUGGAUGGCUGGUGGAGACAUGUCCAGCUGGCCAAACAUACUGUGAAGCUGGAGGAGCAACUGUCUCAGUUCGUGCGAGAUAUUCGACUGGCAUUGCACAUGUGGCACGUCGUAGAAUUUAUUCCUUACUUGCGUGACUAUAGUAUACGGUGUAUAUGGGACUGUCUUCAACCUUCUGGAGCCAGGAAAGCAAUAUGCUCUGAGUUCCUCAAAUUUGGCAUUUGUGUCAAACUAUGGGCGCUCGGCGUAGUCACAUCUCCAAGCCAUGCUCCACCACAAAUCACCUCGGACGACAUAUCUCAGGCAAUCUCAAGGCUUCCGCAUGAGUAUCAAGACUUGCUUCCCGUCCUAGAUCUCACUGUCGACGACAGCCACUUGACUCGAUAUCAGGCCACCAUAGCAGAUUUUUGGACGAAAAUAGAUCGAGAUGAAGCAACCAGGGAGCUGUGGUGCAAGAGGUUAUAUUCGCAUGAGGAACGGGCUCGUUUGGCAGGUCGGAAUGCCAAUCCCUCUCAGCCCAGCAUGCCCCUCUAUAGCCCAACUGUCGCCAUCCCGUCGUCUCCAUCCAUCACCUCUGUCACACCGGAGAUGGUUUCCGAACCCGCCCUGGACAGCGACACCGUCCCUUCUGCCGGAAAUGGCGGUACGGCACCUGAUAUGGCCGAUGCUGUACCAUUGCCAGUCGCUCCUCCUGACAGUAGACUUGUCGCUUGCCCUACGACCUCACAUAUUGCAGUCUCUGGCAUUCACACCAGACGUGCACCCACACCCGCAGACGAUCAACUGUCCUCCAUAUUUUCACCACCUACUCCGAGCUCUGCCGAAGAAGAGCCCACGGCACCUAGCGCGAGGGCCUCGGGAGAAGGU